GGAAGUAUAAGUUGGCAACAUAUACAGUCCCUACCCAACAGUGGGCUCACAGUCUAAAAGACUGUGAACAGUGGGCUGAAGGAGCUGAGCUGAGGGAAUGGCCGCGGUUAAAGUGUUAGGGGACCGGAGGAGCCGAGCUGAGGGAAUGGCUGAGGUUUAAGUGUUGGGGGGCCUGAGGAACUGAGCCGAGGGAAUGGCCGCAGUAAAAGAGUCAGGGGGAUGAAGGAGCCGAGCUGAGGGAACGGACAUAGUGAGGGUCAGGGGGCCUGGGGAGCCAAGCUGAGGGAAUGGACGCAGGAAAAGUGUCAGAGGGCUGAAGGAGCCGAGGUGAGGGAAUGGCUGAGGUAAAAGUGUUGGGGGCCUGAGGAACUGAGCUGAGGACUGGACACGGUGAGCCUGCCCCUAGGCCUGUACCCAGGCCAGUCGGCCACGCCGUGCCGAGGGCUCUCUCUCCCCUGGUGAAGCAGGAACCUGGGCAGCAUGAGCGAAAUCAACUGGAAGGCUUUGGACAACUUCCCCCUGCUGCUCUACAUCCUGGCAGCCAAAACGCUAAUCCUCUGCUUGGCGUUUGCGGGAGCCAAAAUAUACCAGAGCCGGAGGGUUGAAGCCCAGAGGCUUCAGGAGGCGAGCAAGAAAGCGGCCGAAAAGAAGGAUGAGUGAGGAGACCUUUGAGGUGUGUCAUCUGUGGCAACUUGGGGUCUUCCAGUCCCGGGAGAGGAGAGAGAGGACGAUGGAGCCUGGGCCUCCCCCUUCCCCAACAUUGUACGCUGACCUGAAGCGACGGGCGGACUUUUCGACGCUUGGAAUUCAAUAGUGUGUAUUUUGUCUAUGCAAUAAAAUAUGUUUGUAAGAA